AUGUCUCAAGACAAUAUCUUCAUCUCCGGCGCGACGGGCACUCAAGGUUCCGCGACGGUUCGAGCCCUUUUGCGCUUUUCGUCUCCAUCUGCGCCCAUCGUCAUCCACGCUCUCGUUCGCGAUUGUGACAGUCCACAGGCCCAGGCUUUGUCGAAGUUGUCGCCCUCGGUGCGACUGUUCAAGGGUCACCAUGACGACCCUUCCUCAAUUGCAACCGCCGCACAGUCAUGCACCGCAGCCAUGUUCAUUCUCAUGACAGGCUGGACUGACCCAACCGCCGAGCAACGGCAUGCUCAGAACAUUCUCGACGUUCUGUCCUCGAUACCGACCAUCAAACGCGUCGUCUACCCGACAACAGCGGGCGUCAAGGAUCCCCGUGUUGCAGGAGCCUUCCGGAAUAUCGGCGAGGAGGGUAGCCUGCGCUACAGCUAUUACCUUGGCAAGUCUACCAACGAAAGGACCGUUCAGCAAGCCGCCGAGCGAAAUGGCUGGGCCUGGACGAUUUUUAAACCGGCGACUUUCCUUUCCAAUUUUCUCAAUCCCAUGGCCAAUUUCAUGUAUCCAGAUCUCAGUAAGCGGAAAAUCGUGACAGUAAUGUCGAAGGAGCAUGAAACGUACUUUGUUGACCCGGAGGAUAUCGGGCGGUUCAGUGCAUCGGCUUUGUUGGGCCCAGGAAAAGGACGCAACUUGCCUGAUCUUUCUUCGCAGGUCAUUGACUUGGCCUCUCAAGUCGGGACGCUCGAAGACGUCGCGAAUGCGAUGAACAAAGCUCUGACCAAGUACGGCUGUGACGUGCAGGUUUCGACCGAGUACGUCACCGUCGAGGAGGCAGAGAGGCGGGGUCAGAAUGUCGUCAAGAUUCAAAACGAGCAGUUUCAGGUUGAUAACCCUGUGGUGGUCGAUUUAGAUCGAGUCAAGAGCUUUGGCUUUGAGUUGAGCACAAUAGACGCAUAUUUCGAAAGAGAAAUCGAGAGGCUCAAGGAAGUAUUGUCGCUGUGA